AUGAAGGCUACGCUACUCUGUUUCCCCACGUCUCACGCCUCAUAUUUCCGUUUCAAAGAGCAUUACUAUCAACCAUUAUGGACGUUAGUUGGUGGAGGAUUGAAAAAACUAAGCGAUUCCAGGAGAACCAUGGCUUCAGUGAUACCACCAAACAGUGAAUGGAUUAACGAUUCAGUUGUCGGCUUUAAUCCAGACAAAAACUUUGUUACUCUCAAAGAUGGCAGCAAGGUUCAUUAUGAAUAUUUGGUGCUUGCCUUAGGUUUACAACUAAACUUUCACUUGGUAAAAGGCUUGAUUGAAGGUUUGAAGUCAGAUCCCCGAAUUUGUUCCAAUUACAGUAUUAGAACUGUAGGCAAAACAUUUCCUGCAUUGCAGGCCUUUGAAGGAGGUAAUGCUAUUUUCACAGUACCAGCUACCCCCAUUAAAUGUGGGGGAGCCCCACAGAAGAUUAUGUAUUUAGCUGAAGAAUAUUUUAAUAAGACUGGCAAGCGUGAUAAAGCCAACGUUUUAUUCAACACUUCUCUGGGUGUGAUGUUUGUUGUGAAACACUAUUCUGAAAAGCUGUAUGUGAUUGCCAAAGACCGCGGUAUUCAUGUGAACUUCAAGCACAGUCUUAUUGAAGUGCGACCAGAGACUGGAGAGGCAAUUUUUAAGAAGCUAGACAGUGAGAGUGGUGAAACAGCAACUUUUAAAUAUGAUUUCCUUCAUGUCACCCCACCAAUGUCGGCUCCCGAUGUCAUCAGUAAGAGUGUAUUGAGUGAUGCUGCAGGUUUCCUGAAUGUGAAUAAAGAGACAUUGCAACACGUGAAAUACGACAACAUCUUUGGCGUUGGAGACUGUACAAAUAUUCCUACAUCAAAGACAGCGGCUGCUGCUGCCGGUCAGUGUGGUGUUCUGUCUAAAAACUUGAUGGCAAAAAUGAAAGGAAGCAAUGACUUUAAGUCUAAAUAUAAUGGCUACACUUCCUGCCCACUGGUAACCAGCUCUUCCAAGUGUAUCCUAGCAGAGUUUGACUUCACUAAUACACCAACAGAGACCUUUCCAUUUGACCAAAGUAAAGAAAGAAGAUCUAUGUUUUUACUAAAGAGUUACGGCUUACCACCUAUGUACUGGUUAAUGAUGACAAAAGGUUUGUGGCAUGGUCCUGGAGCAUUUCGCAAGAUUUUCAACUUUUGGCGUAAUUAAUCUUUUCUGGAAAUCUGGGAAUCUCUCUUUUUUGUAGAGAUGUUGCGAUUUUGUUGUGUGAAACCUUUAUCAACCAAGUGAUGUAGCUAUACAAGUCAAACAUAUUCACACGUCUAUACAUAUGUAUAUGUAUAUAUGUUAGUUAUAUAUUAAGAUAUAUAUAU